AUGUACAGAUUGGCUUCAGUUCUUUUCUACUUCCUUAUUGUUGGUAAUUAUAAUGGAUCUUUGGCAGUACCCACUAAUAGUGCGAGUCCUGGAAUUAAAGCGGAGGACUUGGAGACCCGCUGUACCGAGCAUUGCUUCUCUAAGAUGAGUUCAGUGAUGGAUUACGUUGCUGCCAACCAGGAGAGAUGGAAUACCUGUCAGGAAGUCACAGAGAAUGCCACCCGUGCGGAUCAGAACCUGAUUCUUAUCCAGAUGGCAUCCCUGCAAGAGGCUGUAACCAACGUAAAGACUUCCCAGGAGUCCCAGGACGAAAAGUUGGACAGGAUGGAUAGGCAGCAAAUCGCCAUGCAGGAAUCUUUACCGAAGGUAGUCUCCCAAGACCUUGAGGGAAAACUAGGCAGUAUGGAGACCCAACUUACAGACCUACAAAAUGAACUGGCAUCUAUGCAAAUCAAUAUAAACACCCAUCACUUAGUAAGUAAGGAAACACAGACAUCCCAAGCAUCAAUUCAAGAAGUUUUAAGCAGCCUAAAGGAUUCUUUGGAGUCCAAGUAUAUAAAGCUGGAGAGGCAGCAGAUCGCCAUGCAGGAAUCUUUAAAGCUGAUAGUCGCUCAGGACUUUGAAAAAAAACUUUCCAGGUCGGAGGCUCAUCUGACAAGUCUUGAAAAUAAUCUGCAGUCUAUGCAGUCCAAGAUGGACAACCAUCUCGCAGCAAUAAGCGAAACCCUUUCUAAACUCAAUACAAAAUAUAUACCACCUGGAUUCAAGCUGAUUGGAUCAAGGUACUUUCACAUCCAAGAAGAUAUUAAGCUGAAUUGGGCUGAUGCUCAGGACAGCUGCCGUCGAAUGGGAGGACACUUGGGCUCAAUUCAAAAUAGUGAGGAAUUCGAUGCCAUCGUUGCGGAGCUCAAGGAUACGGAGAAAUACUUUCUAGGCAUCAACGAUCGGGCCAGUAAGGGAGACUUUGUGUCGGUGGCCUCGGGAAGACCAGCUUCCUUUUUCAAGUGGUUUCCUGAUGAACCCGAAUACAAUAACGACCGAGAGCGCUGUAUUGCCAUCAAAGGCGGGUACAUGUUUGUGAACAAUUGUACAUAUAAAAAAAGAUUUAUUUGCCAGACCGAUGACAAAAUCUAA